AUGAAGGCAUUCAAGCCACUCACAGUCGUUAUAAAACUGGGCACAAGUUCCAUUGUCGAUGAAAAGACACAUGAGCCGUUACUCCCCAUUCUCAGUCUCAUAGUAGCCACGGCGGUCAAGCUACGGAAAGAUGGCCACCGCGUCGUCAUUGUAUCCUCUGGCGCCAUUGGUGUUGGUCUGCAGCGGAUGAAUGUCGAGAAGAGACCAAAGCAUCUUGCUCAGCUACAGGCACUGGCUGCCAUUGGCCAAUGCCGUCUUAUCAGUUUGUGGGAUCAGCUCUUUGGGUACUAUAGUCAGCCAGUGGCCCAGAUUCUCUUGACCAGAAACGAUAUUGCGGAUCGUCAAAGAUAUUUAAAUGCCCAGACCACUGUGAACGAGCUUCUCGAGAUGGGCGUUAUCCCCAUCGUCAACGAGAACGAUACUCUCGCCGUGGCUGAGAUCAAGUUUGGCGACAAUGAUACCCUUUCGGCCAUUACAGCAGCCAUGGCUCAUGCCGAUUUUCUCUUCUUGAUGACAGAUGUGGAUUGUCUGUAUGACAAGAAUCCAAGAACCAAUCCAGAUGCACAGCCCAUCCAGGUUAUUGAUGACAUUGAUUCUAUCCGUGCUGAUGUAUCGAGCGCCGGAUCUGCUCUAGGAACCGGUGGAAUGGGCACCAAGAUUGUAGCUGCUAAGCUCGCGACUUCUGCUGGUGUCACGACAGUCAUCACCCGCUCCUCUCAGCCCGACAAUAUCCACAGGAUAGUUCGAUAUGUGCAAGCGACCAAGGCUUUCGCUCCUUCAGACGACCAUACCGAAGAUCCAUUGGCCUCGUCCACGGCUUCGUUGGCUCUCGAUGUCGCGGAGCCACCGCUGCACACCCGCUUCCUGCCCCUAGCCCACCCGAUUCGGGAUCGAUACUUCUGGCUGACGCAUGGUUUGGCGCCACAUGGUGCUAUCUACAUUGACGAUGGUGCACACCGUGCUUUGGCCGACAAGGCUGGCCUUUUGCCCAUUGGGGUCGUGGACGUGGAGGGAGCCUUCGGACAACACGAAGCCGUGCGCCUUAUUGUGGUCGAGCGAAGAGCACAGCCCGGACCUGACGGCAAGAUGUGGGAGGGCAACCCGAUUGAGGUUGGCCGAGCGCUCGUCAACUAUGCCAUGCCUGAAAUUGCGCGCAUCAAGGGCCACCGGAGCAGCAAGAUUGAAAGUUUGCUCGGUUAUGCGGAUAGUCAGUACGUCGCUGACCGGGACUACAUCAGUCUAUUCCGCCACGAGAGCCGACCUGUCACGCCUACACCGGACAUUACUGGAUUGGCCUCCUACGAACAAGGCUCUACUCUCUGA